AUGAGACGCAGUCAAUCAACUCCAGAAGCAUUCACGCACCUUUUCUCACGGAAACUAUCCAGUACUUUUGGGAACCCGACUGUCAUCCGUCGGGCUCAUCUGCGCUCAAGACCGAAUAUUCGUGCAGUGCAGUUUGCGAUUCCUACAAGCCCACCCCCGGAAAAGGAUUCUGAGAGUGAUCACAAUAGCUCAAACCCUUCAACACCUCCCAGUAGUAGUGCCUCUCCCCCAGGCACUCAAUCAACGCCUCCGACCUCCGAAGAGCCAACUUCUUCACCAGAUGAAUCGAAGCAAGCUUCGGCCUGCGCGGUCAAUGUUAGACCGAGUUUAGAGUCCUCGAGUCGAGAGCCAAUUGCUCAAGUGGCUACCAUGCAACCGGUCCCCGGCACAUCGCCGUCCAUUGUCACCGUUGAAGCAACCGCCAAUGCAAAGAUAUUCUUCGAAACGUAUUUUAGUACAGUCUAUUCGGGUAUUGAUCCUCGCUUGCAGCGUCAACGGGAACUUGAAGAGUAUAUAUGUUCGUCACCGAUCACAACUGAAGAGAAGAUCAGGAUACGGAAGCAAUGGAUCCUCCAAGAACGGGAAUAUCUCCGCCAAUGUCGAGUGCUCAAGACUCGUUCUCACAGUGUUCGAAAUGACAAAACUGUUUCCAUAGCUGGGUUUGAAGUCAUUAAAGUCCUGGGAAGAGGAAGCUUUGGUGUCGUGCGUCUUGUGAAAGAAAGAGUGACAGACGAAGGAAACAGAGGUGGUACUGCAGAGGAUGGAGUAUCUAGCCGCCAGGGCGAGGUAACGACCGGUUCAGGGGAGUCUAAUCGCCGCAGAAUCAUGGCCGGGGUGAAGAAAGAUGUCUUUGCUAUGAAAGUCAUUCGGAAAUCAGCCAUGAUCCGGAAUUGCCAGGAGGGUCAUUUACGAGCGGAGAGAGACUUUCUUGUUGCAUCUGCAAAGUCUCGAUGGAUUGUGCCCUUAAUUGCAAGCUUCCAAGAUAACAGUUAUCUUUAUCUUAUCAUGGAUUAUAUGUUAGGCGGAGAUUUCCUUAGCUUACUUUUGCGACAAUGCAUCUUGCGCGAGGAUGUUGCGAAAUGGUAUGUCGCAGAGAUGAUUCUCUGUGUUGAGGAGGCCCAUCGACUCCAAUGGAUCCAUCGUGAUAUCAAGCCGGACAACUUUCUGAUUUCCGCUUCUGGUCAUUUGAAGAUAUCUGAUUUUGGCUUGGCUUUCGAUGGACAUUGGGCCCAUGACCAACUUUACUACAAUGACCACAGAUACUCCUUGGUUCAAAAGCUAGGGAUUCGGGUUUGUGGCGAUGCGCAGGAUCAGAAAGACGCACAAAAAGCAGCGAGCUCUUCACCAGGUACACAAGAAGACCGACAUGAAGAUAGUCUUGGAUGCACCACGCCUUCUUCUGGCCUUCUAAGGUGGCGAGACAGAAAUCAGACACGUCGACUGGCAAGAAGCAUUGUGGGAACUAGCCAGUACAUGGCCCCUGAGAUCAUUCGAGGGCAAGCUUACGAUGGUCGAUGCGACUGGUGGAGCAUAGGGAUCAUCUUAUAUGAAGUAAGCCCAUCAGUCUCCCCUACUCUUCGGUACCAGUUAAUUAACUUCUUCGGAACAGUGUCUCUAUGGAUUUACGCCCUUUGCUUCAAAUGA